UUAUUAUUAAACAUUCGUCGUAAUGGCUACCGAAGCUCAAACGGAAAAUGUAGAAGAAACUAAAGAAAAUGAAACUGAAGAGGCUUUGAAUGAAGAACAAAAACCUCGUAUAGAUAUACCAGAAGCAGAGAAGACUGAAACGAAACCGCGUGUCAGAAAAUACAUCACGAAACACAUGAAAUUGUAUCCUGAGUUGUAUAGGAGCGAUGUAUCGAUACACCCGAGCUACACGACACUUAAAAUUUUGCCUUACAACGUCGUCUGUCGUCGUCGUCUGCAGAGCACCAGGAAACAGAUCAAACGACAAUUGAAUCGAGAAAUCAUGCAUUUCGCGAUGAUGCAGAUGUUCGCCCUCGACAGCGUCAGGAUCGACCGUGUCUUCAGCGUCGGUAUGCCGCCGAAGACAUUGAUUGUCCCCGAUUUCGCAACCGAUAACCAGAGACGUCACAUUCAUGAACUUAUUCGUAACACGUGAAUCUCGA